GCCGCGGGUGCGGGGCGCGGACCAGCUGGGUGCGGGCUGAGCGCGGCCCGGCCGGCAGCGGAGGGCAGACCCCGGCGGAGCCAGGACCGGCCGACUGGACUGCACAGAGCGAUUCCCGACGGGGCCGAGCCCGGGAAAUGCCGGGCGUGGGCUGAGGGGAUCCCCGCGCCCUCCCAGCCCUCCGACUUUGGCUCACGCGCUGGGACCGGACCGGCGUCGCCUCGGCCGCCCUGCGCCCGGGUCACCUGUGGCCGCGGAGCCCCGAAAUCGCCGGACCCUCGCUCAUUCCCGACCAGGAGCCUGGCGAGGGUUGAGGGAGGUUUUUCCGGCCCCUUCCCCGGAGCGCGGAGGCCCCGCCCCCUCCCACCGCCCAGAUGUCCCCGGCCGCGGCUCGGAGGACCUCCCUGAGGCCAGGGGCCGAGAGGUCCAGAGAGAGAAGCCCGCCCUAGGGGGCCUGGGGGCCCCCCAACCUCGUCUUGGGGCUUGGCCCCUGACGCUGCUAGGGGGGAGGCCGGUGCCCCCACCCGCGGGGGCUGCCCUCUUCCAAUCCAGCUCUCUCCCCAGAGCUGCCCACAUCUGGAGCCCCCUCUACAUCUGGAAGACCCUGGCCACUGUCCCUCUGCAGGUGUCAGUUACAUCCAGAGACCUGUGCUUUUGCAGCUGCCCAGUCGUGAGGGGAUUACUGCUACCUCCCCUAUCCCAAGGGCAUCUCUUACCCUUAGUCCCUGCACAGUCAUCCCCUGCCUCUGUGUUCAGGUUCAGGCAGAGAUCAACUCUGCACACCCACAGGCACUUCAAGUCCUGGAGGCCACUCCUGGGACCCAAGGCCCCUCCCCUGCUCUCUGGUGUCCUCACCUUGACCCCUCUGUCCGACUCUGUCUCCCUCCGGGUGUCCUAUUCCCCACCCAGAGGCAGAGGAGGCGGGGUGGCAGGGGGCAGGGGCUGGGUGAGGGCCGCCCAGGGCCAGGGUAGGCUGGGGGGCCGUUAAGAUGUGGAGCUCUGCCCAGUUGAGGGGGGCUCCGUGGAGGCAGACGCAGUGUGUGCCCGGCUGGGGGGAGUAUGGGCAGGCCUGCGGCCACGUGGUGAAGGAUGAACAUUCGGGGCGCCCCGGACCUCGGGCAGCCCAGUGACGACCCCAGCAGUGGUGGUGAGCGGGAGCGGAUUCGACAGCGCAUGAAGAUGGUCAUCGGGCAGCUUGAGGACAUCCUUCGGGAGCUCAAGGAGGUGGCCAAGGAGCUGAGGGAGGUGGUGAGCCAGAUCGAUAAGCUAACCUCAGACUUCGACUUUGAGCUCGAGCCGGACGACUGGACCACGGCCACUGUGAGCAGCACCUCUAGCAGCGACAAGGCGGGCGUGGGCGGCCCCUUUGACCUGGGCCACGUGGACUUCAUGACAGCUGACAUCCUCUCGGACAGCUGGGAGUUCUGCUCCUUCCUGGACGUCUCCACCCCCUCAGACUCUGUGGACGGCCCCGAGUCGACGCGGCCAGGGGCUGGCCCUGACUACCGGCUCAUGAACGGUGGCACGCCCAUCCCCAACGGGCCACGAGUAGAGACCCCGGACUCCUCUAGUGAGGACGCCUUCAGUGCUGGCCCCGCGAAGAGCCAGCUGCCCCAGCGGACCCCAGGGACGCGGGAGAGGGUGCGGUUCAGUGACAAAGUGCUCUACCACGCGCUGUGCUGCGAUGACGAGGAGGGGGACAGUGAGAAGGAGAUGGAGGAGGAGGCGGGCCUGCCCCCGGAGCCUGCCCGUACAGAGGCCCCCACAGGCCCCCACCAGCCCUCCCCAGCCCCCUACAAGCCAAGGCGCUCUCCACUGACCAGCCGCCGCCCAGGCCCCACCUCGGCCCCCGACCAGCCCCGCAGGGUCACGAGGAACAGCAGCACCCAGACGGUGUCAGACAAGAGCACGCAGACGGCGCUGCCCUACACGGCCACUAGGCAGAAAGCCAGAGGGAAGAACUAGGGGCCGGGGAGGGGCUGGGGGGCAGUGGGCACACAGAGCUAUAAAUAUAUAUAUAUUUAAACACAUGCAGUCAUAAUAAAAUUUUGAAAUGCUAA